UGACGCAAUCCAAGCAAUACAGGAAGUGCUUGACGAGUACAGAGCUUCUGUCUAGCAGCUCGCAUGAUGACGAUACGACGCUUAAUAAACGUUUAGGGGGAAAUAAGUAACUCCAUGUCCCGGUGAACAUUGAACAGAUCUUCUCUGAGAUGGAACGGUCAGCCACAUUAGUCGUGUGGGUGUUUAUUGCCGCCCUAACGACCCGGAUAAACUGUCAAGAGGGGGUCCUGCACAUAUCAAAUGGAAGUAUAGCACAGGAGUUCUGCAUUGUUUACAACCACUCAUGGACGCCCCUGCCACAAACCCUAAAAGAUGCUGUGCAGUAUCAGCUCGUUAAUAUGACGUCCACUAUACUGUGCGACCCGUCAGGUGUCAGUCCUGAGGUUGUCCAGGGCAAAGCAUUGGUGGUGAUGAGGGGAGACUGCGCGUUCAGUCAAAAGGCUCAGGUGGCGCAGAACCUUGGUGCCACAGUGUUGCUCAUUGCCAGCAAUAAAACAUUGGUUGUUCCAUCGGCCGAUGACUCAGAAUAUGCAAAGGUUCAAAUUCCUGUCACGCUCAUGAGGUAUAGGGACUUCCUGGAGGCACAAUUGGUAUUCGACGGCGGGAUGCAAGCGAGAUUAUACGCUCCUAAGCCCUCCAAGCUCGACUUGAGCAUUUUCGUCAUGCUACUGAUUUCCGUCAUCACGGUAGCCUUGGGCGGCUACUGGAGCGGAGCAUGUGAAAGGGAUCGUCUAAAUUCAGGUUUUUGUAGCAGAGAUAGUCCAAACUCAGGUGCAGGACAAAUAAGUGCGGGAGACAAAGCAGACAGCGAAGACAGUUUCCUCACCUCUCCUCUCAAAGUUUUGAUCUUUGUCGCCCUGAUGUGUUCAGUACUGGUCCUCAUGUAUUACUUCUACAAUAUUCUAGUUUACUUCUUCAUCGCCAUGUUCAGCUUUGCGUCUGCAUCUGCACUCUUUAGUUGUUGUGAUGCGGUGCUGGAAAAACUGGGAUGCCCCUCUGGGAGCUUCACUAUCCGGAAUACCAACUUGUCAGUGAGGGGGAUCCUGUUGGCAGCUGUGUGCAUAAGCAUCUCAGUGGUCUGGGUCGUCUACAGGAAUGAAGACAGGUGGAUCUGGAUAUUGCACGAUCUCCUGAGCAUUGUUUUUUGUCUCCACUUCAUUAAGAACUUCCCAUUGCCCAAUUUCAAGAUUUGUGUGAUUCUCCUGAGCCUCCUGCUCAUAUAUGACAUCUUCUUUGUUUUCAUCACACCAUUGUUCACCAAGAAUGGCGUUAGUCUAAUGAUGCAGGUGGUUUUGGGUCCGGACGCAUCAGGAGAGAGGACACGAGGUAACAUGGUGAACGUUCCAGCCGUGCCCCAGACUACCACUGAGAAAAUUCCUAUUGCCAUGCGUGUCCCACGGUUCUCAGCUUGGGCUCAGAACGUCUGUCAGAUGCAGUUUGCCAUUCUGGGUUUUGGAGAUGUAAUUGUGCCAGGUCUCUUGGUGGCUUAUUGCAGUAGGUUUGAUGUUUGGAUCAACAGCAAAAAUAAGGUCUACUUCCUCUGCUCCUUGAUAGCCUAUCUGCUGGGAAUGAUAACAACGAUUGCCGUGAUGCUGUUGUCGGACAUGGCCCAGCCCGCUCUGCUCUACCUGGUGCCCUUCACGUUAAUAACGUCCGCCGCUGUGGCUGGAUGCAGGAGCGAAAUCAAGCACUUCUGGGCUGGAACUUCCUAUGAGGUUUUGGACUCUUCAAGGGAACCUUUGUUACCAGAUGCCAGAACUGACUGCCCUGUAGAAACAGAACAAUGCUGACCCAAAGCCAUCUUUUUCUGUUUUUAUACAUUUUACAAUAAACUUAACAAGGGCUUAUUAUCAAUCAAUAUAGAUUAAUAUGAGGUGAUUUUUCACAGCUGUAUAGCAGACUGCGUUGAAAAACAACAUUACCUACUUUGCCUCGGUGAUGACAGAGUACUUGAAAGAUAGAGAGCACUUAAUUAUAUUUAGCUUGACACUUGUUCCUUCAUACGGUAGGCAAAGGUUAUUUGAUGGAUAAAAUACUUGUAUCUAUAUAAUAAUACAUUUUGUAGCGCUUUGGAAAUCUCUGUAAACUGUUUAUACAAUGUGUUUGCCUUACAUUAAAUUGCCAAUGUUGUAA